GCCAAAAAAAUUCAAAGAAUUUCAGCGGAAAAUCAAUUUUUAGGGGAAGCUUCGAAGCCCCCACAGCAGCAGUAUGCGAAGUGGGAAGGGGAACUACAGCGGCCGCGGCCAUGGAAGAAGCCUUCUCAAGGAUCAUCUCCGACCUCGAAGAGAUUCAGCAAAUCCCAAAUACCCCCACCCAAUCUGCACAAAUUCCGCACUCCACGCUCGUAGAUCUCCUUUCUCUCUUCUCCAGCGGCGAUCCGGAACUCCACACCCAAUUCUACGACGAGCUCGCCUCCAAGAACUUCUCUCCGUCGUUCCUUAUUCACCUCUUGGGUUCCACGAUGGAUGCCGCUCCUACUCAUCUCGCCCUAUUUGCUUCCAAGGUGUUCCUCUCUUUGCUCCUCUCCCCCAAGUCCCCCGUUUUCACUCUCUUUACUCCUGUGGCAUUUCUCUCUUUCCUCCGCUCCAUUCGCCGGUCCCUCAAGCACCGCCCUCCAGCCCCUACUGAUGACUCUUCUCAGGCACAGCAAGCACCGACCAGUCGGAAGGGGAAGAGUGGAGGGCGGGGCAGAGGGAAGAAGGAUAAUUCGAGGACUUUUGGGGGUUGUGGUGAAGAUGAAGGUCAAGAGAGUGGUGUUGUUGAUGUGAGGGAAAUAAUUUCUGUGAUGGAAAUGUUGGUUUCGGUUCUGGAUUUGAUUCAUUUGGACAGAUUUCCUGACAGUUUGAAAUCUUUGAUACAAACUGUGGGUGAAAUUCCUGUAAUGGCGCUGGAAACAUACGGACAUUCUGGUAGUUUUAGCAGGUUAAUGGACUUGUGUUCCCGGGUUUUGAGUGGAGUCUUGAGGUCGGAGCAUGGGCAGGAGGUAAGUACUGCUACUGAGAUUUUGAAAGCAUUAUCUCCAUUGAUACUUAUGGUUAAAUCGCAUGCUAGAAGUUUUGCAUUGGGUUUUGUGGUGAAUAGGAUGAUGGUAAUGGCGAAGAAGAGUGACGGUGUGAGGAAAGCAGUAGUGAAUCUUCCUAGGUAUUUGGCUAAUAAGGCGCCUGAGAAGGCUGAGCCUCGGGCCUUGGCUGUAGAGUCAAUAAUGGAGAUAGUUAGAGUGAUAGAAUUUGAUGACCAACUGGGUUUUGUUGAGUAUGUUGUGAGGAUGACGGAAGGGAAGGCUAAUCUUAGGCUGUUAGCUGUUGAUCUUAUUGCAGCUCUGAUUACUUCAUUGAAGGAUCCGUUGGGGGAGAAUUCUGGUAGUGAAGUAGGAGGCUCUUGGGGAUUAAGGAGUUUAGAGGCUUUGCAUAAGCGCUGUUGUGACUCAAGUGCUAGUAUUCGUGCUCGAGCCUUAUCAAGCUUAGCACAAGUAGUGGAGUUUUUGUCUUGUGAUAACAGGAAUAAGGCAGUCUUGAAGGAAGGAUUGGGGUUGGAUGAGGUUGGAGAUAAGAAGGCAGAUGGUGGGAUGAAUGAACUUUUGAGAAAGAGGUGUAUGGAUGAGAAGGCAGCCGUUAGGAAGGCUGCACUUCUUCUGGUUACCAAGUUGACAGCCAUUUUUGGUGGUUCUUUAGAUGGAGUUAUUCUCAAGACGAUGGGUAUGGCUUGCUCGGAUCCACUUGUUAGCAUCCGUAAAGCUGCUAUUUCUGCUCUUUCAGAGACCUUUAGGAUAUUUUCAGAUGAAAGUGUGACUGCUGAGUGGCUGCAUUCUGUUCCGCGUUUAAUAACUGAUAAUGAAACAAGUAUUCAAGAAGAAUGUGAGAACUUGUUUUUGGAAUUGGUUUUGGAUCGGAUAUCUAGAGCUGGAACUGCUUCCUUGGCUACUAAUGAACCCAUCCACAAGUCAAAUGUGAAAGCUAAAAGUUUAGAAAGAGAGAUCAAAUUGUUGUUUCCUGAAGGAAUUUUGCAUCUUUUGAAGGAGAUGUGCAAUGGAGAGGUGGCACCUUGGGUGAAGAAAAUCUGCACUAGUCUGGGAAAGAAGAAACGGCUGAAGCCCAAAGUUGCUAUGGCCCUUCAGAGCAUUAUAAGGACAUCAGAAUCUCUUUGGCAGAAUCAUUCUAUGCCAAUUGAGAAGUGGACAGCACCAAUGGGUGCUUGGUUUCUUCUGUCUGAAGUUUCAGCAUAUCUUUCAAAAGCAGUGGAUUGGGAGUUCCUGCAUCAUCAUUGGCAGCUCCUUGAUGAGCAUAGAGUAGAAGGUGAGUUUCAUAGUCCACUUGUGCAAGGCAACAUGCAUGAUGAAGAGGGCAUAACAUCCAAAUCAGUAGCAUGGGCCGGUGAUCGUGUUUUCCUCUUGCAAACAAUCUCCAAUGUGUCUGUGGAGUUGCCUCCUGAACCUGCUUCAGAAUUGGCCUCUAACUUGCUUAAACGAAUUAAAGAGUUCAGCAUGCAUUCCACAGAGGUUAAUGCUCACGUGAAAGCUCUCAGAACAUUGUGCAAGAGGAAGGCUGUAAGUUCUGAGGAGGCUGAUAUGCUUGUCAAUAAAUGGGUAAAGCAGCUCCUCUCUCAAGCAUCUGAUAUUUUAGAGAAGUAUAUUUCUGAGACUAUAGAAGCAAACAAGAAUGGUAGUAGUUUUUUCACGCCACCUAGAAGUGGGAACAGAAAGGGGAAGCAAGCAGCAACUGCAUCUGGAAUGUCAUCAAUAGCAAUAACUGCAGUUUACACAAUUGGGUCUUUGGUUAUUGUCUGUCCUGCUGAUGUGAGCUCUGUUAUUCCACUGUUAUAUACCAUCAUAACUUCGGAUUCAAAUUUGAAUAAACUACCAGGGAAUACAGUCUCUUUUAAGCAGAUAGCUCCUUCUUUGUAUGCCCAAGCAUGGUUAACAAUGGGGAAGAUUUGCCUAGCUGAUGGAAAACUUGCAAAGAAAUACAUCCCUCUUUUUGUGCAGGAGCUUGAGAAGAGUGAUUGUGCAGCCCUUCGCAACAAUCUUGUAGUGAUGAUGGCAGACUUUUGUGUUCGCUACACUGCUCUGGUUGACUGCUACAUAACGAAGAUCACCAAGUGUCUCCGUGAUCCAUGUGAACUUGUCAGGAGGCAGACAUUUAUACUGCUCUCAAGACUAUUGCAGAGGGACUAUGUAAAGUGGAGAGGAGUGCUAUUCCUUCGGUUCCUCCUUUGUCUUGUUGAUGAAUCAGAAAAGAUAAGACAACUUGCUGACUUCCUCUUUGGGAAUAUUUUGAAAGCCAAGUCACCACUUCUAGCAUACAACAGUUUUGUGGAAGCCAUUUAUGUUCUAAAUGACUAUCAGGCGCACAAUAGGCGUAGUGAUUCCAAGGAUGCGCGAGCAGAGGGUCGACUAUUUUCCAUCAGGGGUAGUGAUGAAAGGUCCAGAUCUAAAAGGAUGCAUGUUUAUGUCUGUUUGCUGAAACAAAUGGCUCCAGAGCACCUUCUGGCUACCUUUGCAAAGUUAUGUGCAGAGAUUCUUGGGGCUGCAUCAGAUGGUAUGCUCACUCUAGAUGAUGUCACUGGACAGUCUGUUCUUCAGGAUGCUUUCCACAUUCUUGCCUGCAAAGAGAUCCGAGUCUCAUCCAGUCGUGGAUCAGCAACUGACACAGGAGAUGGAGAGGAAGAAGGUGGAGAUGGCAAUGCAUCUGCCACCAAAGGAAGGGCUAUAACACAAGCAGUCAGAAAGAGCCUUAUUCAGAACACCAUACCCAUCUUCAUAGAGCUGAAACGGCUAUUAGAGAGCAAGAACAGCCCCCUCACAGGUUCCCUCAUGGAAUGCCUUCGUAUCAUUCUCAAGGACUACAAAAAUGAGAUUGAUGACAUGUUGGUUGCGGAUAAGCAGCUGCAGAAAGAGCUCAUUUACGACAUGCAGAAGUAUGAAUCAGCUAAGGCUCGUACAACUGCUACUGAGGCCAUGGCCAACAUGCAAAAUCCAAGCAGUUACCUUUCACCUAGAGUCCCUCAGCCUCCAAACAGAACACCCGCACAGAAUAAUUUAACUGAGAAAUUGCACAGUAACUUGAAAGUUGCUUCAGCAAUGGCAGACGCAGUAGCUGCUGCCACUGCAAGAUCUGUGCUCAGGGAGGUAAACAAGGGAGCGUCAACACCGCCCCUCAACUCCAUUAGAGUUCCAAAACUCAAGCCUACACAGGGAGGAACCAAUACUGGAAAUGCCCAACCACUGGAUGUAUUGGAAUCUGUGAGGAGACGACAGUCCUUCAAUUCUGACGACGAAAGCUAAUGUUCUUGUAUACUCAUUUUUCCAUCCAGGAACUCCUCGUAACUGAUAAUGAAUAACAAUUCUCUUUUGCACGUAAAGGAAACAUUGGCAAUACAUCUAUUGCCGUGACUUGUUUUUGUAAAGAAAUUGACUCAAGAUUAACUUAUCUGUUCAAUAGAAGGACAUAUUGAUU